AUGUUCCUGAAUAAGUGUGAGGGGGACCCGAGGCCGCCCCCCCCGGCUGCCGCUGCCGAGGAGGAGGAGGAGCAGCCCAAGAAGAAGCACCGUCGGAACCGCACCACGUUCACCACGUACCAGCUGCACGAGCUGGAGCGCGCCUUCGAGAAGUCCCAUUACCCUGACGUGUACAGCCGCGAGGAGCUCGCCAUGAAGGUCAACCUGCCCGAGGUCCGCGUGCAGGUCUGGUUCCAGAACCGACGAGCCAAGUGGAGGCGGCAGGAGAAGAUGGAGGCCAACUCCAUGAAGCUCCACGACACCCCCAUGCUGUCCUUCAACCGGCCCCCCAUGACCCCCAACGUGGGGCCCAUGAGCAACUCCCUCCCACUGGACCCAUGGCUGACGUCCCCCAUCUCCAGUGCCACCACUGUCCACAGCAUCCCCGGCUUCAUGGGAGCCCCCCAGGCCCUGCAGCCCCCCUAUGGGGGUCACUCCUUCCUCAGCACCCCACCGCCCAUGGCGCAGGGCAUGCAGCCCAUGGCCCCCGCGCCCUACCAGUGUGGCACCACCUUUGUGGACAAGUACCCGCUGGAGGAGGUGGACCAGAGGAGCUCCAGCAUCGCCUCGCUCCGCAUGAAAGCCAAGGAGCACAUUCAGACCAUUGACAAGACCUGGCAGCCCAUUUGA